GUUAUUUGGGUUAAAGUCACAGUGACAUAACAGAGAUUAUGUAUCUCCCAAGACCAUUCAGUCCUGACUUCACACGCAGAAACAAUGCUUCUCAGUCUAGGCACCCUGCUCGUAGCGCAGUUCCUAGGAGGACACGCCCAAAGUUUAGCUCCUGGUGUGUUUGACCCAAACUGUAGAGACCACCUGGACAAUUGUAAGGAGUUCCAUUCGGACACGUGUAUCAACGCGCUGUUUGAGCAAUGGGUGUUUGACAACUGCCGCCAGCAUUGCAAACUCUGCAUUGGGCCUACAACCCCGGUCACGACUACACCAACUCCUCCGUGUAUUGACGAAGAGAUUUACUGCUACAGCUACCCGGACGAUAUGUGCUCCAAAGACCUCUACCGGGUUUGGGCGGAGGCUAACUGCAGGAAGACUUGUGGGUUCUGUGGUGUUAUUCAGGUUGUGCCCACACCUGCAAUUGGUUAGAUUAUACUGACACUGUAACCACUGCUAUCGACUAUCAUCUGACCAAAAAUUAAAUAUCCCGCCAAUGA